CUCGCUGCUGGCCCAGUCCUGGACGGUCUGCCUCCGCUGCAGCGCAGACCGGCUUCAGCAGGGCGGCGUGAGGAGGGAGGCAGGGAGCGAGGAGCUGGCUUCAGACGAGAAGAGAAAAGUUGAGCAAGUGACAGUCGAAGUUUGAGAGAGAGGCAGAUCAGAAGAGGGGAGAGGCAGGCAGAGGGAAGACCUCCGGCUUCAGACAGAAUGGAGUCCCUGCCGAGGGGGGCUGCUGCUCUGCUCGUCGCCUCCCUCCUGGCUCUGCUCCCUGGACUUCCCCGGGGCCAGGACCUGAGAGAGACGGAUGCUCUGUGCAGGGCGGACGGCUGCUUCGUGGUUUACUUCCAGCGCAGGACUUUCCUGGACUCGUGGAGGGCCUGCAAAGAGAAGGGCGGCAAUCUAGCAACCAUCAAACACUCGGAGGAAGCGGCUUCCAUCGCCGCCCUCUUCUCCGGCCUGGACCUGCGACACUCGCGCACCAAGGUUCAGGUAUGGAUCGGACUUCAGCGCCAGCCCCGCCAGUGUGCCGCCGGCCGCCCCCUGCGGGGGUUCUCCUGGACGACCGGGGACCAGGACACAGAGUACACCAGCUGGCAGAGGGAGGACUCCCCCAGCCUGUGCCUGACGCCUCGCUGUGUGGUGAUGAGCUACAACGCUCAGGACCAGACCGAUAACUUCAAGUGGCUGGACGGCUCCUGCUCCGUCGCUGUGGACGGAUAUCUCUGCAGCUAUGCCUACGAAGGAAUGUGUCCCGCCCUGAGGAGAGAGGGGGCGGACAAUGCCCUCUACACCACGCCGUUUAACCUGGUGAGCACGCUGCUCACCCACGUGCCGUUCGGCUCGGUGGCCACCCUGCCCUGCCCUGCAGGCGCCCAGGAGGACCAGCUGGUCCUGUGCCUGCAGAGGGAGGACGGCUCAGUGGGAUGGUCUCGAGAAGCCCCGUUCUGCUCCAGAACCCCUCCGCCACACAGCUGGUGCGACCAGAACAACGGAGGAUGUGAGCACUUCUGCAGGCCGGCCGGCGGACACUUCUACUGCGAGUGUGCCGGAGGCUACCAGCUGGCAGACGACGGGCAGAGCUGUGAGCUGGCCGACGUCUGCCAAGGAGCGCCCUGUGAGUUCGAGUGCCUGCCCCUCUCGGAUAGCUACCGCUGCGCCUGUCCCGACGGGUACAUGCUGGCGCCGGACGAACGUGGCUGCUUGGAUGUGGACGAAUGCCUGCAGAGUCCUUGUGAGCACAUUUGUCAGAACACUCUGGGAACGUUCCAGUGCCAGUGUCGGGAGGGUUUCCAUCCGGAUGAUGAGAGUGCCUGUGAGGACAUUGAUGAGUGUAUGAGCGAUCCCUGUGAACACGCCUGUGAGAACACACUCGGCUCCCACGUCUGCCACUGCCAUCUGGGCUACUCCCCCGUGCCCGAGGACCUGGGCCGAUGCCAGGACAUCGACGAGUGUCAGAUCCCCGACACCUGCGAGCAGAUGUGCGUAAAUUACGAGGGUGGAUAUGACUGCUACUGCGAGGAGGGCUUUGAGCUCAUGCCUGACCUCUUUUCCUGUAGAAAGACACAGAUUGGAGUUGUUCAGUCUGCUGUCACCCACCAGCCUGGACCUGUGUGGGUCCCUGAGGACUAUGACUGGAGCCCAGAGCAGAGCCACACCGACUGGCCCACAGAGGAGGAGCAGUCCCUGGACUGGCUCACUGAGCCACCCAGAGUCUUCAAUCCGGAUGUCAUCUGGGUUACUCGUGCUCCUCAGGAGGAGUUUCCCUUCCCUUCAGGAUUAGAGCCUUUCCCAACUGUGGCUGAAAACCACGAGGAAGACAUAGAUGGAACUGACUGGCAAGAGUGGGGGCAAAGACCUCAGCCUGAACCAAAGGAUUUCCUGACGACCCACUUCCCCACUCCUCCUGCCACCUCCGUCGCCUCCACUCCUACCCCGGACUAUUACCAAGAUGAAGAAGAGACUACUACAGAUGCACCCUCUGUUUCUACUGCAACCAUCUCUGAGGGAGCCUGGAACUGGUGGGUGGAGCUGGCCACAUCCACCCAGGGUCCGGGGAACGCUGCAGAGCCUGUCACAGACUGCAACACGUCCACGGAUUCCAGCUACUACAGCGAAGCUGAUGAAGAACAGCUCCUCCCUGGGGAGAAGUCUUGGUUCUCAGAGGAGGAGCUAGAGGUGAAGGAUGGGGUCUUUCAGGAGGUCACACGCUCCGAAGCCCCCGCCCCUCCCACAGAGCCUGCAGCGUCCCACAUUCCCCCAGCUGAGGGCGGGGAAACUGAAGGCAGUGCUGACUCUCUGGAUCCUGCCCAGGAGGACCGGGGGCCGAAGCAGAGCUCCACCUGGCUGCUGGUGGCCAUCCUCGUGCCCCUCUGUAUUGUCCUUGUGGUGAUGGUGGCGCUGGGGAUCGUCUACUGCACCCGCUACGCCGUUCAGCCGCGGAACAAAGCCGCCACUGACUGCUACCACUGGAUCUCUGGAGCGCAUGACAAACAGGUAGCUGCUCACCCCUCGGCAGGGGUCAAGACCCAGGUGUAAACACACCGACACGGACACAAACAGCCUCUGUUCUGCAGGAGAGCAGGAGACAGUGAUGAACUGGCCACCAGAGGCCAGAAGCUCCGCCCCUUUCUGAAGUGCUGACUUUCUGCACAUAUUUGGAUAUUGCUGUUAAAUAUGGACUGGUAGAAGUGGGGAGGGGCCGCUGAAAACCGUGGACCGUUUUGGGGCUUUCUCUGUGGUCCAAACGGCGCAGUGUCUGCUUCAUGAGUCGCCUUGUUCCAGACAAACACAAGUCUGUAACAUCACUCUGCUGCUCGCUGAUGUUCCUUCAUGUCACUUUCUUUAUUCACCUUAAUGUUUCACAGGUGGAGUCAGCUCCUGCUUACAGGUUGAAAAAAUUACAUAACACACACACUGCUUUGUUGAAGCUAUAAAACGUGACGACACCGUGUCUCUCGAGCGACGUCCUGAGGCUCAGUUUGUUUCUAGCAGUGGACGACCGAACGCUGCUCGUCUCCUGCCACAGCACAGGGUUGUCAGCUACGCCAGUUUAUCAUUUAAUGUCUUUUUCAACCCAGUCCAAACUGAGAGGCUAGCCGGUGCCGUUGGUGUCUGCUAACGUCAGCUUGAAAAGCCCUGCAGCGCUAGAGACGGGGUUCUGUAGCAGAGCGCAGUCCACGCCAACGAGAGAGGCCGGUCUGGGCCAGAGGUGAGGACAGACUGGUCCACAUGCACCAGCAGGGCUGGGACAGGCUCUUCAUUUUACUAGAACAGAGCAGGGAUCCCAAAGCUAAAUCUGAGGAACCUCAUUGAGGUGAUCGAGCUGCCAUGUCCCAAUUCAAGAUCCAGAGAAACUCAUCAGAGAGAAAAUAAAGCUAAUGCUAAUGCUAACCAUGCUUCUGAACUUCUACUUGGUUUUGAAACGUGAACUUGAACACAGUCCUUUACAGGGAACGAGUGUGAAAAGUCAGAGGUCCGGUUCAUCCGGAGACUUCCUCCAGUAGGCGGAACAUGUUAGGAGACCCAGCUGUGCCCUUUGACCUUGCCUCCAUGACCGUCACAUCAGCAUGGUUAAUACCGGCACACAAUCAGUGAGCAUGGCUGCCGGAGCAGACGGGCCUUCUGAGACCAAAGCCUGAUGUCUGAGUGUGUUUCACACUCCUGUCCUGCAGACACACUCGUUCUCCUGCUGAGUCCAGUUUGAGGGUUUCCUCUGGCUGAGGCUGAGAUGCUGCCGAGGCACAGACGUGACCCUGACCUGGUUUUGAAACAGCCCCUCUGUGACCCUGGUUUAGAGCGUCAGACCAGCAGGGACCACGCUCAGCACAGCCAGCUUUAAUUUAUUGGGUAUUUAACGGCGCCAGUCCACACCUACACGCCACAUUUCUACUGACUGUGAACUCUGAGAACACUACUCCUUUCUG